CUCCACCCAUCACGCUGUCUCCCGAUGGAUUGCCAUCAAUCUUGGCUCCACUCUAAUGCCGCACUACUGUGCGGCAUCCUCACCCUAGCGACUGCGGGCGGAGUUUGCGCCCACAUUAUCUCACUCCAAACAGAGAAGGCUGCCCAAAGGCCGGAAGCGCUGAAACAGAAGCGUGCUUCCUAUGAAUGGCACUCACCGUAGCGUUUGUGAAACUCUGCAUGAGUUCAUAUGAAUGGUAUCGGCGCGCAGCAGGCCCAAGAACUCCACACAGUCACACAGCAACACAGCCUAAAACAGUACCCUGCACUGCGCCGCCUCAGCCCAUUCCAGGGCCGCAUGAGCCCCUCAGACGCGCCAGCCAACCAGGACCGACAAUCUGGGUCAAUCUGGGCGCCAUUCCUCCUCGUUCUAUAAGAAUACUGACCCGCCUCGUUGGAGAAUCAUACCUAUGCUUCUUGCAACUCUAACCCAAAGCUCUUCUUCCGUAAGGAAAUUCGCCUGGCUACGGCCCCAUCUCCCUUGUUCAAUCUUUUCAUAGCUACCCUCACU